GUUCACUUUGUCCAGCUCUUGUCCUUAGUGCCCAAAACAAGGUGGUUGGUGUGCAAGGUGGAGGGGCCGAUACUGGUCUACUCAAGAGACCCAUGCACGAAAAUAAUGGAUACCCAGGAACAAGGAGAGGGAAACUUUCAAAACCUCCUACCGCCCCAAAAGGCAACAUACGGAUGAGCGAGGACAACUGCGCGUUUGAAGUGCGCGUGGAGUUUCAGAAGAAGACGCUUUCGCCCACAUUGAAAGACAAUCGGCUCCUUGAGGAAGAGGACGAGGGCAAAAACACGCACCAGGAAGAUAACCGCUAAACGCGCUGCUAGACUGACUUCCCAAAAAUAAUCGGAAAGAGAGUCCGAGCACCGUAAAAUACCUCACAUACAAAGUAGGCCAUCCACAGCCGGUCCGAAUCCCGGGCCACGGACUCAAACAGACGCCAGUAUCUUAUAUAUUGUGAACGUAACGUGCCGAUAUAUCAAACACAGAAACUAGCCAUUUAUUUUUAUAUAAAGCCAUUUCGCUGAAUUUCGAAUGUUAUUUAUCGGAGCAACCCAGACUUUGACCUGCUCACGAGUCUCUUGUUUAUUUUCUUUGUGGACGAUGGAUGCAUCGAUGACGGCCAGUCAGUGGAUAGAGUGGGCGGUCGAGAAAGGCAUAAGAGCAAAUACACAGGGAGUGUAUAUCUGGAGCGAGCCAGAGGACGACGGGAUUGAGAAGCCGGCAAUCAUGGAGGAGACGCCCGCCAUUUCACCGGCACCCACGUCUGUCGGGUUAAGGUUGUCAGGUUCGUCCAGGCCGUCAUCCAGGGCGUCCAACCUGUCCAGUUCGUCCGACCUGUCCAGGUCGUCGAGUUCGUCAGUGUCGUCCAGAGCGUCCACGUCGUCCAGCUCCCUGUCGAGGUCGUCCAGUUCGGACUCGGAGUACGUCCCGUUUGAGGCCUCCGACUCCGACGAGGAUGUCCCUCUGGUGGCUCCGACGGUCCCUGUGGUGGCUCGGGUGGUCCCUCUGGUGGCUUUGCCACCACCCAGGCCUGAGAGGCGCAUGAGAAAUAGGAUUACGGAGGCGGAGGAACUGGCCAUAAACAUGGUAUUCGCAGAGGACAUUGUCUCGACGUCCUUGUCAGGCAAGAGUAUAGGCAUCGAAGUCGUGAGACGAAAAUACAACCGGGCGACCAUGGGCCGUUUGGGCUUUGAGCAGGUUCGAGCAAAGAUCCGAAACCUGGCCGAGGCUCGUGCAGCUCGCCUUGCGGCAGGCCCUAUGUAGAGCCCUAGACCGGCUGAUAUUUCUUAUAUGUUUUUUUAAUAUGCUUUUAUGUCUUUGUUAAAAUGAAUAUGUAUUAGUAUACAUUGUAAGUACUGGUUCAACCCAGGAAAAUACUUGAUU